AUGGCGACCACGGUGGACAAAAUCAAGGACAUUGAGUCCGAAAUGGCUCGGACGCAGAAGAACAAGGCUACGUCAUUCCACUUGGGACAGUUGAAGGCGAAAUUGGCCAAGUUGAAGAAAGAGCUGCUCACACCGUCGAGCGGAGGAGGUGGAGCAGGAGUCGGCUUCGAUGUUGCGCGUACGGGAGUGGCAUCGGUCGGCUUCAUAGGCUUCCCAUCCGUGGGCAAGUCGACGCUCAUGUCGCGCCUGACCGGCCAGCACUCCGAAGCAGCUGCAUACGAGUUCACCACCUUGACCACGGUGCCGGGGCAGGUGGUCUACAACGGCGCUAAGAUUCAGAUAUUGGAUCUGCCUGGUAUCAUCCAGGGCGCCAAGGACGGCAAGGGAAGAGGUAGGCAGGUCAUUGCCGUGGCCAAGACAUGUCAUCUCAUAUUCAUCGUUCUCGAUGUGAACAAACCACUCACAGACAAGCGCGUCAUCGAGACCGAGCUGGAGGGCUUCGGGAUCCGCAUCAACAAGCAGCCUCCCAACAUCAAGAUCACGAAGAAAGACAAGGGCGGUAUCUCCAUCACGAGCACGGUCGCCCUCUCGCACAUCGACCACGACGAGAUCAAGGCGGUCAUGAACGAAUACCGCAUGGCCAACUGCGAUAUUGCCAUCCGAUGCGAUGCGACCGUGGACGACCUCAUCGACGUCAUCGAAGCCAAGAGUCGCUCCUACAUUCCCGUCAUCUACGCACUGAACAAGAUCGAUUCCAUCAGCAUCGAAGAGCUCGAUUUGCUCUACCGAAUCCCGAACGCCUGUCCGAUCUCCUCGGAGCACGGGUGGAACGUGGACGAAUUGCUGGAGCAGAUGUGGGAGAAGCUCAACUUGCGCCGAGUGUACACCAAGCCAAAGGGAAAGCUGCCCGAUUACACGGCGCCUGUGGUUUUGAGGAGCACGGCCUGUACGGUCGAGGACUUCUGUAACGCCAUUCACAAGACCAUCGUGGAGCAGUUCCGGAUUGCGAUUGUGUACGGCCGCAGCGUGAAACACCAGCCUCAGCGCGUGGGGCUCACACACGAGCUCGCGGACGAAGAUAUCAUAACAAUCAUCAAGAAAUGA